GGCGGUCUGGCGGGAGUGGAUAUAGCCAAUGAGCGGCAGAGAGGGCGGGGUGGGCCGAGCCGUGCAGGAGACCUGGAUGUCGGAACUUUCCGAGCCUAGUUGAACAGAGGAUCCUGAAGUCGGAGCGGCCGGGCAGGGAACGUGGCUUCUUCAGGGAAUUUUGAGUGUGGUCUUGUUCCAUUCACCAUGGCUCCUGAACAAGAAACGAAAGAGAGCUCAGAAACACAGCUAGAACCCAAUGGUGAAAAUAGCGUUUACACGAGAUACAGCACCAUCACUCCUCCAGCAUCUCCUGAUCAAAUGGAGGCAAAUUCGCAAACCUAUUUGGAUGAAAAGAUUCCAAUUCCUGAUGAAAGUUCGACUCAGUUUAGCUUUCGGAAGCUCUGGGCCUUUACAGGACCUGGAUUUCUUAUGAGCAUUGCUUAUCUGGACCCAGGAAACAUUGAAUCUGACCUUCAGUCUGGUGCCGUGGCAGGGUUUAAGUUGUUAUGGAUCCUGCUGACAGCUACCAUCAUAGGCCUGCUGCUGCAGCGGCUAGCUGCACGUUUAGGAGUGGUAACGGGUAUGCACCUUGCCGAAGUCUGUCACAGCCAGUAUCCAAAGAUCCCUCGGAUUUUGCUCUGGCUGAUGGUGGAACUGGCAAUCAUCGGUUCGGACAUGCAGGAAGUGAUUGGAUCAGCCAUCGCUCUGAACCUGCUGUCUGUUGGAAGGAUUCCCCUGUGGGGCGGAGUGUUAAUUACUAUUGUAGACACGUUUGUGUUCCUGUUUUUGGACAAAUAUGGUUUAAGGAAACUGGAAGCCUUCUUUGGAUUUCUCAUUACAGUUAUGGCUGUCACAUUUGGAUAUGAGUAUAUAACUGCAAAGCCUAACCAGGGGCAAUUGCUAAAGGGGAUGUUUAUUCCCUACUGCCAAGGCUGUGGAACCCGCCAGUUGGAACAGGCAGUUGGAAUCGUUGGAGCCGUAAUCAUGCCACACAAUAUCUACCUGCACUCUGCCUUGGUCAAAUCCAGGGAUGUGAAUCGAGCCAAUAAGAAGGAAGUGAGAGAGGCGAAUCGUUACUUCUUCAUCGAAGCGUGUCUGGCUUUGUUUGUGUCUUUCCUCAUUAAUGUCUUUGUGGUCUCGGUGUUUGCAGAAGCUUUUUACAAUCAGACCAACGCACAAGUGCAUGAAGUUUGUUUCAACAACAGCAGUCCACAUUCCAAUCUGUUCCCUCUGAACAACAAGACUUUAGAUGUUGACAUCUAUAAAGGGGGUGUGGUGUUGGGCUGCUAUUUUGGUGCUGCUGCUCUAUACAUCUGGGCCAUUGGCAUACUGGCUGCAGGUCAGAGUUCAACCAUGACUGGAACAUACUCGGGACAGUUUGUCAUGGAGGGCUUUCUGAAUUUAACGUGGUCUCGCUUUGCUCGUGUACUCUUCACUCGAUCUAUUGCUAUAAUCCCAACACUACUGGUGGCUUUGUUCCAGGACGUUGAAAGUCUAACUGGAAUGAAUGAUUUCCUCAAUGUUCUUCAGAGUAUGCAGCUGCCAUUUGCGUUGAUCCCGAUAUUGACGUUUACCAGUAUGACCUCAAUAAUGCAUGACUUCGUCAAUGGUCUGGCAUGGAAGAUUGGUGGUGGAGUAGUCAUUUUUAUCGUCUGUGCCAUUAAUAUGUACUUCGUAAUAGUUUAUGUUUCGAGCCUGGGACACGUGGCACUUUACUUGGUGGCGGCCUUCAUUUCACUUGCAUACUUGAGUUUUGUUGCUUACCUGGUCUGGUAUUGUGCGGUCUCGCUGGGAGUCACCUUCCUGAACUGCGGGCGCACGGCAGCUCCAGAGGACAUCAAUUGGUUUGGCAACUCCUAUGGAACUCUCUCUGCUGAAUAAUAUGGACAACCACAUGUAAUCUCAUGGUGACCACAAGAGGAAGAUUAAGUUGAAGCCCUUUCAAUGCUGCAGUCAUUAUGUAGAGCAUAGCUAGACUAAAGUCUCUACUUCAAACAUGCAGGAACGUGGGGUAGAAAAUUUGCUUUUAAGUAUUAAGAGCAAUCUAAAUUGUUCGUCAAGUUUUAUUGCUGAUGGCAGACCACUGUAACCAGCAACCCAUCAGGCACUAAUCUAACAGCAUUGUCCCUCACAGCCUGACAAACAGUCCAGUAUUUACUGGAGGGACUGGGAACAGUUCACCGUGAAAUAGUAAUUUUAACUUUCAAAGACUCUCAUACAUUGUUAAAUGUGCAUAAUAUAAUUCUGAAUUCUUAUAUGUGGGUUUUGCUGUGUUUAGACAGCUGGACAGAUGAAUUUCUGAGAUAAAUGCUGUUGAUGUUAUUUUGUGGCCAGGUACAAUGCUUGUGCAAGGAACAUGAGACACUAACUAUAGUUAGUGAUGCUGUGGUGGUCAUAGAGCUCCAGUGUGACUCUAAUUAGUGUUUAGUUCUGUUGUAAAUAAUACAUCAAGUCUGCUGCAAAUAACACUUCCACCCCCGACUGUUUAUCUAUCUUCCCCUCACUCUAUGAAGUGCCUUUAUUUCAUUCCCACGUCUCAAGGUUACCAACGAGGCAGUCGGAAUGGAGAAAGUACUCCAACGUUAAGCGGACAUCAGCUGUUUCAUUUUGGGACAGUCAGCAUUAGGACCAUAUAGGAAUAGAGCACAAAGAUUGUUUGGCCCCUUGAGCCUGUUCUGCCAUUUAAAUCCUUAGUGGCUAAUCUUCCACAUAGCUGUAUAAACUUGCCUUUCCUCACAUCACUUAAUAUUUGCAGUUAUAAAUCUUAUUAAUCUCAAAUUCCAAAGCAGAAAGUUCCUGCCGUUGUCUGAAAGGUGUUUGUACAUUUCCCUGUGACAGAGUGGGUUUCCUCCUGGUGCUCCAGCUUCCUCCCUCAUUCCAAAGAUAUACAGGUCAGUAGGUUAAGUGGUCACAUGGGUACAAUUGGGUGGCGCAGGCUCACUGAGCUGGAAGGGCUUGUUGCCAUGCUGUAUCUCUAAAUUAAAAAUUAAACUAUUUACCUGAUGUCAAUUGCCAUUUCUGGAAGAAAUUAACAAACUUUUCAUACCUUUUACCUUAGAAAUGUUUCUCAAUAAUUUUAAAAGGUGUGGUCAGGUGUAGUCUCUGCAUCUCAAAGCAGUUUCCCACUCAAAAUUCUGUUAAUUCCAAUCAAAUUAGACUUCUGAAUUCCAAGGGUUAAUAGCCUGUCUAGGUAUUGUUCUCUACACCGUUAACUUUCCCAAGACCAGUAUCUCGUUCCUGAGCUAUGGUGCCCAGAACUAUUCUCAGCACAUCCAGGCAUGCUCCUGCCAGGGCUUUGUGUGGAUGUACAGUAACUUUUAUCUCUUUCUGCUCUCCAGCUAUGAAGACCAGCAUUUCAUAAGUCACCUUAAUCAUUGUUUGUGCUUGUUAAUUACAUUUUAAUGACCUGUGUAGAUGGCUCCCUAAGUCUCUGCUUUUUCCAUCAUACUCAUUCCUAUCCCUUUCAAGUCUUGAGUGGAAUGGAUCAUAUUUUCUUUAGAAUAGAAUAUUAGAUUUUCUAAUUUUGAAAUCUAGUCAGUUUAUUAAUAUCUUAUACUUAAUGCUUCUAGCUAUACUGCUUACGAAACAGCUGUAUUAGUGUGUCCAUCAGCAGACUUGGAUGUCUGUAUUUUACCCCAUCAUAUCAUUAAUAAAUCUGAUAAACAGUUGAGGCCCUCUGUGGGAUGUCGCUCAUCAUAUCCUGCCUCAUUACCGGUCCAUUAUCCCUCAUCAGUUCCAACGAUAGAUCUUUAACCUCAAAAAUUACUCUGCUUGACUUAAUGAGUUCUUUCACCACUGUCUGUUUUAUUUCAGAUUUAUUUUCUUUUUCAAUAUUUACUCUCUCUCUCUCCUGUCUCUUGGCUAAUUUCCCAACCAGUUCAGUGCUUAGCUUUCAAAUCUGAGCUUCAGCUCCAUUUAACAAUACUUUGUGAGGGACUUUAUCAACUGCUUCUAGAAAACACUGCAAAAUAACAUUCAUCUGCACUUGUCCACUACUUCAGCCAUCUCUUUAAAAAACAAAGGUUUUGACCUUUUACAAAUUCUUGCAGACAUUUUAAUUAGUGCAUCCAGCAAUCUCCUCACGAUGCUCCAAGAAUGCUUUUCUCUGUGUCACUUUCCAUGAGUUCCAUGAGGAGUCCUCGGCAGGGCAAACAGACUUCACAUCUACUUGGGUGUUCAGGAUUUCAGUUUCAGUGGCUAAGCAUUUUAAAUCACCAGCCACAAUCAGGGCAAUUCUGUGGUCAUUUCUCAUAUAAAAUCCAGGUACCAUUUUUAAAGUACACAUUUUAGUUAUUAUCAUCAAGCCUGUGAGUGAAUUGGUGAUCCUCACCUGAAGCUUCCUGUAUGUGGAAUUUGUAAAUACAUGCUCAUGGUCAAAUCCUUCAUGAUACAGCAUUCCUGUGAAUAAGACCAUAAGAUAUAGGUGCAGAAUUAGGCCAUUUGGCCCAUCGAGUCUGCUCCGCCAUUUCAUCAUGGCUGAUCAAACUUUCCUCUCAGCUCCAAUCUCCUGCCUACCUGCCUCCCCCCCCAGACCCCCCAUAUCCUUUCAUGCCCUGACCAAUCAAGAACCUAUCAAUCUCUGCCUUAAAUAAAGUAUACAUAAAGACUUGGCUUCCACAGCUGCCUGUGGCAAAGAAUUCCACAGAUUCACCACUCUCUGGCUAAAGAAAUUCCUCCUCAAUUCCAUUCUAAAAGGAUAUCCUUCUAUUCUGAGGCUGUGUCCUCUGGUCUUAGACACUCCCACCAGAUGAAACAUCCUCUCUACAUCCACUCUAUCAAGGCCUUUCACCAUUCGAUACAUUUCAAUGAGGUCACCUCUCAUUCAUCUUAAUUCCAGUGAAUACAGGCCCGGAGCCAUCAAAUGCUUUUGAUAAUGACAAGCCAUUCAAUCCUGGAAUCAUUUUCAUCAACCUCCUUUGAACUCUCUCCAAUUUCAGCACAUCCUUUCUAAGAUAAGGGGCCUAGACCUUCUCACAAUACUCUGUGAAGCCUACAUCCUUGCUUUUAAGUUCUAGUCCUCUUGAAAUGAAUGCCAAUAUUGCAUUUGCCUUCCUCAUCACAGACUCAACCUGCAAAUUAACUUGUAGGGAAUCUUGCACAAAGGCUCCCAAGUCCCUUUGCACCUCAGUUUUUUUGUAUUUUCUCUCCAUUUAGGAAAUAGUCAACCCUUUCAUUUCUUCUUCCAAAGUGCAUGACCAUACAUUUGCCAACACUGUAUUCCAUCUGACAUUUCUUUGCUCAUUCGCCUAAUCGGUCUAAGUCCUUCUGUACCUUCUCGACUUCCUCAAAACUACCUGCCCCUCCACCUAUCUUCAUGUUGUCUGCAAAAAAGACUUUGCAACAAAGCCAUCAAUUCCAUCAUCCAAAUCAUUGACAUAUCUCGUAAAAAAAAUUGGUCCCAACACACACCCCUAUGGAACACCACUAGUCACUGGCAACCAAUCAGAAAAGACUCCCUUCAUUCCCACUCUUUGCCUCCUGCCAAUCAACCACUGCUUUAUUCAUGCUAGAAUUUUCCUGUAAUACCGUGGGCUCUUAGCUUGUUAAGCAUCUUCAUGCGUGGCACCUUGUCAACGGCCUUCUGAAACCCUAAGUGCACAACACCAACUGAUUCUCCUUUGUCUAUCCUGCUUUGACUGUAAGUUGGUGGCAAGGAAGUCAGUCUUUGGGAAGUAGAAGUGCUGCCAGUUCGAUUAGACUUGCCAUCUCCUGACCACGUAUUUAAGUGUGUUCAAAGGGUGAUCACUUGGUACAGAGAUUUGGUAACCAUCAGUGUUUACAUUAACUGAAACCACAGGAAGUUAAGGUAAUUUCUCCACUGUCAAAUAAAACAAAAUAAAAACACAGAUGCUGCAAAUCUGAAAUAAAAACAAAAAUACUCAGCACGUGUGAAGAGCGAAAUAGAGUUAAUGUUUCAAGAUUUCUCUACCAUGACUUCCAACACUCUACACCAGCACUGAAACUGGCACAUGGAAUGGAUUCUACUCCUUCAUCUGCACCUGCAGAUACAAACGGAAAUCUUCGAAGCAGGUCACAGUGAAGUGUGUAGAAAAUGUUCCACACUGAGCUUUACAAAAAUGCUGUAUUAUUAAAGUGCAAGUGCUGCUGGCAACUGACUGGUUGUAUUUUG